UGCAAUAAGAGCCUGGCUGUUUCUAAAGUACUGACAGUUCGUGAUGUGAUUCCAAUUGUAAUGGGUGCAAACAUAGGGACAUCAACAACAAGUACAAUCGUUGCCAUGGGACAGAUCACAAAGAAAGAAGAAUUUAGACGAGCGUUUGCAGGGGCAACCGUUAAUGAUGUCUUUAAUUGGAUGACAGUAGUUGUCUUCUUACCAUUAGAAGCAGCAACAGGUUAUCUCUAUUACCUUACGAAGGCUAUUUUGGCUUCUGUUGAGUUUCCAAAAUCACGAGAGAAAAGAAAAUCAUUGCAACUCUUGAACACCCUUACUAAACCACUAUCAAAUCUUUUUGUGCAGCUCGACAAAGGCGUGCUGUCAGAUAUUGCUGAAGGAAAGGAAGGUGCUUCUCAGAAAAGUAUUAUCAAGCAGUGUUGUAAAUGGAAGUACUGGACAAACAACAGCUCAUUUCCUCGAAUGUAUUCUAAUACUACUUAUUUCGACAAUACAUCUAGUUUGCAUAUGGACGAUGGGUCGACCAAAAUUUGUAUAACAAAGUGCAAUUAUAUGUUUGCGUCUGUAUCUUGGAGCGAUACCACGGUUGGAAUCGUGUUGUUAAUCAUCACAUUGAUACUCUUAAGCGCUUGUUUCUUCACAUUGGUUCGGACGCUUUACUCUGUAAUGCGUGGACAAAUUCUUGCAAUAGUAAGGAAAUUUAUCAAUUCUGAUUUCCCUGGAAUAUUUCGGUACCUUACGGGCUAUAUAGCAAUAUUAAUCGGAACUGGUAUUACGAUGACAAUACAGUCAAGCUCUGUGUUUACAUCAGCAUUAACACCUUUAGUUGGUAUUGGAAUUCUUUCUAUGGAACGCAUGUAUCCGUUGACUUUAGGUGCCAAUCUUGGAACGACUUUUGUAGCUAUUAUAAUCGCGUUGUCACAAAAUGCAGACGACAUGCCAAUUGCCUUCCACGUAGCAUUGUGUCACGUUUUCUUUAACAUUUCUGGUGUGUUACUUUACUACCCUAUUCCAAUGACAAGAUUACCUAUUCGUAUGGCUAAAUUUCUUGGAAACAAAACUGCAAGGUACCGCUGGUACUCCGUUGCUUAUCUUCUUGUAUUAUUUGUCAUUUUACCAGCUGUGGUGUUCGGAUUGUCGUCUAUCAGUCGAAUAGCACUCGUUGUAGUUAGUGUGCCAUUGAUUAUUAUCCUACUCUGCAUUGCAGUAAUAAACAUUUUGCAAACAAAACGUCCGGAUGUACUUCCCGUGAAGCUGAAGACUUGGAAGUUUCUGCCGUCAUGGUGUCGAUCUUUGGAACCAUACGACAAAGUUAUAAAACAGAUUUGUUGCAAAUGUUGCAAACAGAAAUAGCUUUAAUAACUUUGGCAAUCAAAGAUGUUUAUUAAUGUACCCUGACAUUUACUCAAACCUUAAUUAAUUCAAACAUACAUACCAAGCUUAUAUAUACAAAUCCUGUAAUCAGAGGAAAAAUGUUAAUUUAAAGGGAUAUUCAUGGCAUUGAUAUCCUCUGCAGAAUGAUAUAAGUCAUUUGAUUUAAACUUGGUACUACUGACCUAAGCGUUGAUCUGGUACCUUGGAAUGUAAAUGAAAAACAGUAUGGAAUUUUUAUUUAUACUGUAUUUUAUUAAUUGAUCAAAAUUAGCAAAGAAGUGACCAUAAGUGAUCUUAUAUAUGCGUAUUUACUUCGAAUUAUCUUGUAAAACUACUAGAGGUUCAAGUAUAUAAUAAAUAA